CAGCUCUCGGACCCCAAACCCCACCACCACCACCACCACCACCACCUGUUCUGUUGCCCAAAACAAAUGUCAAGGCCAUGGCAGCGUUUGGGCAACUCCUUUGAGGACGAGGGCGACGAGGACGAUGGCGGCACCACGACUGGCGCAGGCAGCUCGGGCAGCGCGGGCGGCUCUUCGCCACGGCACUACUCGUCCGCCAGCCACAGCGAGCAUUCGGUGUCCAGCGCAGAGCUGUCGGAUGCAGGAGCACACGGCAGUGCCCCAGAGUUCCGCUCUGACGGAAGCCCGCGGGCGCUGGGCCUGGGCACACCAUCGCAGCGAAGCUUUUCUGCACGGAAGAAGCCGUCGCGCCUGUCCUUCCUCAGGUCACCCUCGCGGCAAAUGUCCGUCUCGAGUCCCGCGUCACCGUACGACACUGACCACGACGAGUCAGACCAGGAGGAGAUGGACGAGAUCCACAUGCACGAUCCACAUCUCGGAGGGCCAAACUCGUUCGCCAUGAAGGAAUUUGGCGCGCUCUACCGCCGAAACCCGACCGUGCGGCUCAGCAUGCCCGCGCCCGAAGUCGUCAAUCCGAAAAAGCCAAAGCUACCAACCUUCUCAGGAGUGUUUGUGCCGACCUGCGAGUCCAUGUGGGGCGUCAUCAUCUUUCUACGGUUUGGCGUCCUCACUGGCCAGGCGGGCGUCGGGUAUGCCCUCUUCUCGGUGCUGCUUUCCGCGCUCUGCGUGUUGAUGAGCACGUCCUCCCUUUGCGCUGUCGGCACCAACGGCAAGACGCCCGCGGGUGGCACCUAUUACAUUCUAACGCGAUCGCUCGGCCCAGCGCUCGGCGGCUCGAUCGGCCUCUUGUACUACUUUGGACUCACCUUCAUGUCCACCGUCGAAGUGGUCGGAUUCACAGAAGGCUUUCACAUUAUUCUGCUCGACGCCUCGGAGCUCAGCUCACUCACCGGCAGCGCCUACUGGGACCAAGUACUCAUCGGCUUUGUCGUCCUGACCUUGUUGUGUGCCGGCUCGUUCAUUGGCGUCAGCUUUGUGCACCACAUUGGCCUCGUCUUCUUGUCUGGCCUGCUUCUCGCGUACGCCGCGGGCUUUGUUGGCUUGUUUGCCACCACGGGAGGCUGGGCUGUCGGCGAGGUGGACAUUGCACACGACGCCAAUUCCACGCUCAGCAUCACUGGUCUGAAUACGCAAACCUUGCGCGAUAACUGGGCUCCAAAGUACUCGGAGGGCUGGGACUUUAGCAUUGUGAUGACCUUCAUGUUCCCAUGUUUCAUUGGAAUCUUCUCUGGCGCAGACAUGAGCGGCGAGCUUCGAAAGCCCUUCAGCUCCAUUCCUCGCGGCACGUUUGCUGCCAUCAUGGCGUCGUCCACGCUGUACUCGACCAUCAUUUUGUUGCUCGGCGCGGUUGCAGCCCGCGAAACCUUGCAAUACGUCGAGCUCACGUUUGCGUUUGUCGCUUGGCCGACCAAAUGGGUGACGCUCAUUGGCAUUCUCCUCGUUUCGCUCGGUUCUGCCAUCCAGCUGUUGACGAUUGCUCCGCGCAUUCUCAACGCCAUUGCGGCCGACGGUCUUCUGCCGCCCAUUCGUUUCCUUGGCCUUGACCGCAUGUGGUCGCACGAGCCGCGCCGCGCCCUGUUUGUCACGUAUCUGCUCGCCAUGCCGUUCAUCUUUGUCUCCAAUCUCGACACCAUUGCAACCAUCGUCACAAUGUGCUUCCUCCUCUGCUACGCCAUGAUGAAUCUGGCCUGCUUUGCGCUCAGCGUCGUGCGCACGCCCGACUGGCGUCCGCGGUACCGGUACUACCACUGGUCGAUUGCGCUCUGUGGGUUUGUGUUUUGCAUUGUGCUCAUGUUCUACAUUGAGCCGAUUGCCGCUUUCGCGUCGAUGGUCUUUACGUUCUGCCUCUGCGUCUUUGUCCAAUUCUACGGCUCCAAAGCAGUGUGGGGUUCGGGCUUCCGCGGAGUUCGCUUCCACCUUGCCCUCUUGUCCCUGCUCGCCAUCGAAGAGGCCGACACUGAGCAGGACUUGGGCGAGCUAAUUCGUCAAUACCUCCCAGCAAGCUCGCCAAAAUUGCACGAGAGCAUCAAGCAACUCUGCUCUCGCCUCCUGUUCUGGCGGCGGCGGCCGCGUGGUCGCAAUAGCGCCCAGCGUUAUGACAGCGAAGAAGUUCUCGAACGAGACACGUCUGCCUUUGAGAUGACGCCACAGCCACCUCUGCCCCAAGCUGGCGCCGAUGGUGGUCAGCCUUCGAGCGGCGGCGGCAGCAGCGGCAGCCUGCCCAGCGUUUUGCCAGACAGCCUCCCCCUGCCAGAGCACAACAAGCCCACCGGCAAGUGGCGCCCACAGAUUCUCUGCUUUGACCAAAUCUACGACGAUGGCCGGUUGGCGCACCCAGGCCUCUUGUCGUUUGUGCACCAGCUCAAGGAGCUUCGCGGCCUGACCAUGGUAGCCUCUGUCGUUUCCACCAAGCCUUUCUUCCCCGAGCCACCGCCCGGCACCAACCCCGAGCGGUUUUACUCGUCCACGCGGCGGGCCUCCUAUCGACGAGUCACCGAGCACGUGAACGAGUGCAAGCGCCGCCUGCAGCUCAAGAUGAUUGAGUACCGCAUUUCUGGCUUUGCCGAGGUCGUGUCUGCACCGACCUUUGAGAUUGGCAAGUCCAUCUUGCUGCAAACCGCGGGUCUUGGUGGCAUGAAGCCCAACACUGUGGUCACGGGCUGGCCAACUUCCUGGCGAGCCCAGCCCGAGGUGGCACGCAGCUUCCUCAACACGGUGGAGGAGAUUCGCGCCGCAGACAAAGCCAUGCUCAUUCUCACCGGUCUGUCUGCAUUCCCCGGCAUCGACGACCAGAUGACUGGCACGAUUGACAUUUGGUGGAUUGUGCAGGAGGGUGGCUUGCUCUUGUUGAUUGGCCACUUGCUCGCCAAGCACAAGGUGUGGCGAAAGUGCCGCCUGCGUCUCUUCACUGUCGCCGAGCUGAGUGACAACUCGAUGGCGAUCGAGGAGCAACUGCGCAACAUGCUCGACCAGCUGCGAAUUGCAGCCGAGGUCAAGGUGAUUGAGAUGACGCGAGAGGACUUUGAUCCCUUCACGCACGAGUGGACCAUUGCCGCGCAAGACCGCAUGCGACUCGCCAAGACGACCGUCCAGAAUGUUGGCAAGGGCAUCUUCCCGUCACUGGUCGACGAGCUGUCCGGUGUGAAGCACAUUCCAAAACAAGCGAUGAGCGCCUUCGAGCGCGCUUCCCGCAGCAUGGCUACGGAAGACGUCGAUGGCACUGUGGAAGACUUUACCAACAGUGCCCCCGAAGAGCAGCACGCUGGCAUUCCAGAGGCUUGGCGCACCGACCAUACAGCGUCCGGUGCUGACAGCACGGGCGGCUCUGCGUUGCUGACGGAAGUUGCGCUCUCCACCCCCGAAGCCACCACCACCACCAACAACAACAACAACACCAAGAAGAGUCGCUUUGCAGUGUCCUACGUCGAGGGUGCGCCGUCAGUCAUUCCUGCAGCAGCUGCUGCUUCCACAUCUUCGGCACAGCCCCCGGCAGCAGCAAGCACGAAUGGCACAGACGCUGCACAGACCAAGCCUACGGACAAGGCUCAGACGUUUGUGCAAAAGCGGCAAAAGAAGCAAUUCAAAUCCUUCCUGAAGAUUAGCGCUACCGAUCGCCUGAAGAGCGCCAUCGAGGGCCAGUCCCGCGACGCAUCUCUUGUGCUGAUCAAUCUGCCCGUUCCGGACGAAGCAGCAUUCCGUCGCCCCGAGGAAUGGAUGAAUCUGAUUGAGCUGCUGACUGGAUCGCUCAAGCGUACGUUGCUGUUGCAUAGCGCCAACCAGCAAGCCAUCUCUGUUUACAAUUAACGCAACCCCCUCCUCAAACCUUCAUUUUUUCUUUCGUUUUUUUUUUUGAAAACAAUCGAUCAUUUGCUUGUUCGUUUUCGAGUCGUCUUUUCAGUGCAAUGUUUUGAUGUAGCUGUAAUAUGGUUUUUCUGCAAUGC